AUGGCACCACAUUCGUUAAGAGAUUCGUUAUUCUUUGCUGCCACCUUUGGUGUUGCAAGUGCAAGCAUCAAAUUAGAGGGCCGUAAUCCUCAACACUUGGAUCUUGCACCUCGUCAGGCAAAUUGUCCACCUCCAGUGACAGUCACUGUUUAUCCAAGCUUUUGCUCAGCUGCGCCAUCUUCUACUGUUGCAACGUCUUCUGCUUUCCCUACAUCCAGUGCGGGACCUGAAUCGACAAGUACUGCUGUGCCAAUCGUCUCCAGCCAAUUAACAUCGAACCCUGCUGCGACUAGCAGUGCCUCAGAGCCAACUUCUUCCGGUAGUAAUCUUCCAGGAUCUACGUCGAUUCCCGGUAGCUCAGGAAGCCCCUCCUCAUCAAUUGGCCCUGUUUCUUCUCAGGAAAGUGUGCUUCCAACUUUUUCGAGCUCCGCAGCUGUAUCAAGCCUCUCAUCGAUACUUCCUUCUUCGGUACUCCCCACUUUCAGUAUUUCGGAGUCGCAAUCAUCUUCAGUGUAUAUUUCGGUUAGCAGUACUCUAUCCUCCGAAGCUGUUCCUACGAACAGUAAUGCUCUCUCCACCGCUCCAGGAUCCUCCUCGGUAGCUGCUAGCACGUCAAAUCCUGUUAGUGGUGGCUCAUCGACCGUGAUAAACUCAAAUACCCCCAUCUCCUCUGGAAUUACAGCAACUUCAUCAAAUGUUCUCUCCUCAGUUGUUGCUACUUCUUCUGAUUCACCAGUUCAAUCUUCAACCGCAUUAUCGACAGAAUCGACAGUGGAAACUUCGACUGUUCUUGAGACAUCUUCGCUCCCAGGUAGCACUGCGUCACUUUCUACCUUUGUCCCAACCGAAUCCCACGCUACAACUUCCACUGUUUUCGAGACAUCUUCGCCAUCAGGUAGCACCAGUAUAUCAAUUGAGUCUUCUUCAUCCGUAGCUGCUAGCUCUUCCGUGCAAACAAUUUCCAGCUCAGCCGUUAUUUCGCAAAGUUCAGCUGUUGAAACCGGGGUAUCUAGUCUUUCAUCUGGAGUUGCCACUUCUUCAAUUUCGUUGAUAUCGUCUUCGCUUAUUUCUGAAUCGGCAUCAAACUCUGCAAGUUCAUUUAUGUCCGCAUCCGCGACGGACUCGGCAUCCGCUUCCAGUAGCUUAACAUUAUCUGAAUCGGCAUCAACUUCGGGUACCUCGGUAACAUCUGGUUCUGCGUCGGAAUCUGCAACUUCUACCCCUCCACUCGUUUCCGCUUCCGCGGUAGAAUCUAGCAGUACUUCCAGUUCCUCUUCUGGAAUUACUAGCUCAUCAGUUGGUCUAGAAUCCAGCUCAAGCGUCCCCAUCGUCUCAAGCUCAACCUCAUCCGAAUCAGUAUCGACAUCUACUAGCUCAACUGUAUCCGAAGAAUCUUCAUUCGUAUCUUCGACCGCUAGUUCAGCUUUUGAAAGUAAUACUUCCUCGGUUUCAUCCUACAUCGCCACCAGCUCGACGAUACCAGGAUCUCCAUCUUCGAUUGAAUUCAGCUCACAACCAACCGUAACUUUGAGUUCACUUCCAGUAACUUCCAUUUUGAGCUCCGAGUCUACUUUAGCACCUAGUAGUUCGAUAAUUUCAUUUGUACCAACUUCUACUAUUGCUGUAUCCAGCGGGGCUGCCUCCUCGUCUGCUGCAAUUAGCUCGAGUGCCGUUGUGUCCUCGACCCCCGCAGCUAGCUCCAGUGCUACCACUACCGGAACAUCAGUUUCUGGACCAACUCAGGUUCCAUCCGUCGUUACUGCUGCUGGUGUAUACGAGGAAAUAGGUUGUUUCUUGGAUUCUACCUUCGAUGGUUUCCCGUUGACUCCACCUCCCAUGCCUGUCAAUAACAAUAGUUCUCCGACAGUUACUGAAACACCCGCUAGCUGUGCAUUGUUCUGUUCCACUGCGAACAAUGGGGGUCCAUUCACAUACAUGGGUAUCGAACCAGGUCAUUGUUAUUGUUCAAAUGGAUUCAAUCUCGGUCAACCAGAAGGUAUUUGCAACUUUCCAUGUCCAGGUGAUCCAUCGCAAUCUUGUGGAGGUAAUUCUCCAGCCAAAAGAUUCUCAAGACGUAAUGGUCCACCUUCAAUCGUCGCUUAUCAGCUUAUCCCUGCUGCUGUAUCAUCUUCUACGAUUAGCUCACCGCCAGCUACUUCCUCGUCGGUUCAAUCUUCCGGAAGUGACAUAUCUUCUGCUGCUUCUAGCACGAUUCCUGGAUCUGCAUCAGCUAGUCUCACUUCUUCGGCUGCUCCUUCUUCGAUUGCCUCGAGUCAAAUAUCUUCUUUACCUUCCGAAGUAUCCAGUAUUGCCUCGUCAACCGUUCCAAGCCAAUCUGCUUCGGCUUCGGCAUCUGCUAGCGCAAGCUCUUCUGGAGUUUUAUCCAGCAUUUUGCAGUCCUCUUCUUUGACAUCUCAAUCCGCCAUAAUUAGCUCCAGUAUUCCUCUAUCCUCAGAAGUUCCUGGAACGACUUCAAAUGUCGGAUCCUCAAGUGCCCUCUCUUCGAAUGUCGCGUCUUCGAUUAUAACAUCCUCCAGUGGUGUCGUCUCAUCCAGUGGAGCUGCUAGCACUUCUUCGAUUGCUGAAACUUCUUCAAGUAUUCCAACCGGUUCAUCUGCCGUUUCUUCGAUGAUUUUAUCUAGUCAAGGUACUAUUGAGCCAAUGACUUCAGCUACUCCUUCCACUGCUAUCCAAACCACUUCUGCAGUCUCUUCUGCUGAGCCAAGUACUACUGAACCUUCAGUAUCAUCCAGUGGUGUACCAAGCACUGUUGAGCAAACGGUCUCAUCCAGUGCUAUAUCCACAUCUGAACCAGUUCUCACCAGUGAUGUAACAACCAGUAGUGUAGGAUCUUCGAUCUCACCCAGCGAAAUUGUUAGCUCGUCAGCACUAACUUCCAGCAAUGUUGAACAAUCCACUAGCCAAGCUACAAAUACCCCCUCAAGCACAACUGAGCAACCAUCAGUCGCUUCAUCUGUACUUCCAGAAUCUAGCACUGUUUCUAACAGUGCUCAACCAACCACCUCUUUGGCCAGCACGACUUCCGAAAUUUCCUCUGUAAUUUCUUCAGAAUCCAACACAAUCCCAAGUACUGUGCCCCCUACCACUUCAGCCGCUUCCAUUACCUCCGAAACUUCCUCACUCCUUGGCUCAGAAUCUAGCACUAUUCCAAGUACUGUGCUCCCCUCCACUUCAGCAGCUUCCACCACCGAAAUCCAAAGCUCAUCCACCACCUCUGAACUUCCCAGCAGUACAUUAUUCUCCUCCUCCGCUGAAUCCUCAUCGAUUCUAACAACUUCCUCUGCUGCCCCUUCUUCAUUCUCUACCCGUACUUCCUCAAGUUCGAGUUCGAGCACCACUUCCACUUGUCCAGCGGCAACAAUCACAAAUGGUGGAUUUGAAUCCGGAUCUUUGUCUCCGUGGGCACCUAGAAGUGAUGGUAUUGCCAACGCCAAGAGUAACGUUGUUAUCAACAACCCUGCCGUUGCCCAUACUGGUAACUCUUACCUUCAAAUAACCAUGACUCAAGACUUCUUGUCCCUUAUCCAACAGACCACCACCAUCUGUCCCGCCACCAAAUCUCUCACGGUCACAGCCUGGGGUCAAGCCGCCAAGUCCCGCGACUGCUGGCUCCAAAUCUGUGUUAACAAAGAUAGCUAUUGUUCCGUUCCAACUCCUCUCAAGAAGGGUAAAUGGAAGAAGAACACAAUCAUCUACAAACCAAAGAAGAACUUGAUUGGCAAGACAGAUGCCAAGGUACAGAUUUAUACUGAGUGUAGAGGAGAGAGCGAUGGUAUGGUAUUGGUUGAUGAUGUGGUCAUAACCAAGACGAAGUUGAGCACCAGAGAAAUGGCACCGCAGUUGGCGCCAAGAAUGGGGACGUUGAGGAUGAUUGACGCUUAG